AACAGAUACCUUUGUUUUUUCUGUGAGUGCUGAAAAAAUGUGCACCGCUGCCUUCUGGCUCGUGUGUGUUAGCUUGCUAUUCGACACCUCUCUGAGCUGCUAUCAGUGCUUUGUUGAUCUGCAAGACACCAGCCGUCUGUGUUUUGGUCACAUUUUGACUGAAUACAAUGUUAAAAAUGUUGACGGCUGCUUCAGCAAGCUGGAUCGCAUAUUCAACAACGAGGCAGUCAUCGAGGCAGCGAGAGUAGGUGAAGGCUAUGAGAAGCAGCUGAAAGAGAUUCUGAAUGCAGAGAUCCUGCCCAUAGUGGAAGACUUCGACCAAAAGCUGAAUAAAGACACAGUGUAUGAGGAGAGGUUGCAGACAGCAGCAGACAAUUUCAUCGCAGCUGCCUCCAAACUGCCUAGAGUCUCUGGAUGUAUCCCUCCAUGUGGUUACCAGAGUUUAGGCAAAGAGUACAACUGUGUCACCUGCCAGUACGACUCCUGUGGGUUCCCUCUCGACUGUCCUGUUGAAGAAAUUAACGUAGGAGAGAACAACAGGAGCAGCAUGUGGUGCGACGUGCCGUUUCCUUUACCAGACGACAUCGAGGUGAUCUGGAAGUUUGCAGAACAGGUGAAAACGCAGCAGGUGGAUGAGUUUAAAGAAGUGACUGCGGGGGUGGACAGGCUCUAUUCCAUCCCUUCAACCAGCGUGCAGCAUGAGGGCACCUACCAGUGUGAGAUCUACUCAGGCCAACGCUCCAUUGUCAGACUGUACUACCAUCUCACAGUGACCCCCCAGGCGGCGGCCGGCCACACAGAGCUGCAGGAGAUAUUCGACCUGUCUCUGCUCCCAGGAGGGCGGUUGCUCCCAGUGCCUGGUGGUCCUCCCCACUCCCCUCUCCUCCUCGGCCCCCUCCCCUCGCCACUGCUUCUCACCGCCUGUUUAACUGCUCUGCUCCUGCUGCUCUUCCUCUCCCUGGGGGCUCUGUGUUGGUCAUCAAUAACAGAGACAAGUCAUGCUGAACAAGCAGAUGGAGAUGAAGAUUUAGGAUUCUGAGAGUCGGGAUGAUACACGGGGCGCAAUAAAGGCAUUACAUCAAUUCUCCAGCUCUCUACAGCGUAACGUCAUAGCUUACAGAGAGCCUGUGUGUGACUCCUUCCACCACUGGAGGGCAGGAUGCACAUCUUUGUCAGCCCAGUCCACAGCGUGCUGUAUGUUUCAUCUGUGCCGCACACUAAUGGAAAGCAACUAUUUUGGUUAAGUCACUCUAAAGUACACUUUUGAGGUUC